ACAAACAGUUCAUCGAUAUCGUUGAACGAAGAAACAACGGUGAAGAAGACUCUGAUCGGUUAGAUUGUUCAAGAGUUUCAUUUUUAUAUGUUUGUUUGCGAGUGAAUCUCGGCCGUUUUUCUUUUUGAAUAAUAAAAUUGUAUGUCGAACAAUUGCUCAUAUUAUUCGAUUCGUUUUGUUAAUGGAAAUUGUAUCGGUUCUUUGUGUUGUACGAAAGAUAGUCAAUCGCGCGUUAGUUCAAUUGGUUCGAGAAUUGAAUUUGAUCGCAUGAUACUGGCUUAAAGCUAUGAUUGUUGUAAUGUGUGUAAAUGUUGAUUUAAACUAAUUUUAACGACUCUCGGCACGUGAUAUGUGAUCCAACACGAAGGAACACAAGGAUCACUUCAUUUAGAUUUGGAUUUGACCCAAAUACGUGAGAAAAAAUCAUCAUCAUCACCAUCAACCAGCCGAGCUGUACACAAUCCACAUAUAUCUAACAUUCACACCGUAUACAAAAGUAAAACCAAAACAUGAUUCGGCUCAUUAUUUUGAUGUUGCAUUUAAUUGUUUACGGGGUCUGGUCAAGUAGUCCAACGGCAUUACCAACAAAAAGUCGAAUUUUAAUUAGUACAAAUUGUUCACGUGAAUUGUUCAACAUCAAAUUGGAUCUGGACAGAUCGUUCAAAGGCGUCAUCUUUCCAAAAGAUUUCUCCGACGAGUGUCGAGUGAAAGGUGACUAUUCACCAACGGUGGAAAUCCACCUACCAACAUCGGGAUGCGGAAUCCGGUCCGAGACGCCAGUCGAUGGAUUGCACGAGUUCUCUGUUCAUUUGAUCAUACAAAUGGACGAAAAAUUGCGUCAGAGUUCUGAUUUACAGCGAAUAGUACGGUGCUCGGUAUCGACCGAACAAAUGACAACGGACAUUCCUAUGGCUGCAGGAACUAAGAAGAAAAGUUCGAGAAACGGUCGCAUGCAUGGCACAAUCAUUAACGAAACGGAGCGCAUACAAGCCUGGUUGGAAUUAGGAGGAAAUGAUGGAUCUGGUGCCGUUGAAGUUGGCCAACAAACAUCAAUGAAUGUGAAGGUCAUUUUGCCAGAUCGAAUCGACGUCCGGGUUAUCGAUUGUGUGGCUCUGGACGGCAUCGGCGAAGCUUCGCAGAAAUUGUUCGAUGAGAGAGGUUGCCCAAUCGAUGAGCAGGUGAUGCCCGCGCUAACACUAAACAAACGAUACAUCGAAGAAGGAUGGUCUAAGCCCAGCAAGGACGAUAUAGUCGAAAAAUUGUUUACUGCUACAUUUCCAGCCUUCAAAUUUCCCGAUCGUGAACGACUGCAUGUCAAUUGUGGCGUCCAACUAUGUAGAGAGCAGUGUCCAACGAUCAAUUGCACCAGCAACGACGAAUUUCUUUUGAAUUCAACAACACGAUUGUCUCGACUGCAAGUAUUCAAUUCUCUAGCAGUAACAGCACCGCAAAUCGAAAUCGAUAGAGUUCGUUCCAACGGCGCCGCAGAUGACGUGACGAUCGACGAAUAUCCGCCGAAAGUGAGGUCACUGCGUUCGGACGGGAUUCUGUGCAUGUCAACCUCCAAACUGGCCAUAUCGUUUUGCAUUCUCGGUAUGAUAUUCCUAAUUGCGGUCAUUGUUUCCAUUGUGUGCUUGUUGAGGGCUCGAGCAAGGAGUAAGGAAUCAACGUUCCUGACAACAAACAGCGUCAGCAUGUUUUCGUCGAGUUCGAGUUCUAAUUCGCGAAUCGAGAGCAGACUUCUGAUCCCGUAUGGUGGUACGUUACCUUAUGCACAGGUCUACUAAUGGAUGGAACACAAGCCGGUGAUAAAACUCUACAAUUAGGUGAUAGUGAUGAAUGAUGAGAGAAGACUGAUCCCACACAAGAAGACGAAAAUGAAACAACUUUCCGAGUAGUUCUGUAGAUAGUUUUAAUUCCUUUGGUAGUAAGUUUUUAGUUCUUUUCAUUAUAUUGGUCGAUUGGCUUAUCACUUAUACAAAUAUUCUACUUUGAUCAUAUAAUGAUAGUGUAGUCUAGACAUAAAAUUCCUUAAUUUACUAACAACUAUCCCCUGUCA